CUUAUGUUCGUUUAGGAAUGUCCUUGUUGACAUCCCUGAAGCAAGGAUCACCAGGAUUAAACUGGCGGAUUCGCUUACGCACGAUUGCGGCCCGGCCCGUUUAUAGCGAUACUGCCGUCUGGUAUGACGCGGGCGACUGCUACGUUGAUGAUCCUGUGGAUGUGGCGCUCAGCAACGCGCGCGCAUGUUGGCGGUGGAAGAGCGUUAAAUUUGCGGUCUGUGCGUUCCGUAAAAUCGUCCCAGUUAGCUUUCACGUAUGUACGGUUUUCGGAUGUAACAAAAUCUCUUCGGUGGUAAACCGCGACUACUAUGCUAUGGAGCAGGCAGUCUGUUGCGAGCGUGAGCACUGGUGCCAUCCAAUGCGGAAUAUGACCAUUCGUACCCUGCAGGAGGAGUACCUGGAGAUUUUGAAAUUAUCUUCCUCGAGAUUGCGUUACUUUAGAAUAAGACUCCAAUGUCUUCCUAAAUAA